GUCAGAGCUAGCGAGUCCUGCAGAGAAGGGUAAUACCGAAGGCUGUGAUGACGGAAUUGUACUACUGAAGCACAUCAAGAAAUCCGAGGCGGACACCGCAACAGGCGAUGCAUCUCGCCACAGCGAUAGCAGAGGGAAGGAAAGCGAGGGAGACGGCAUUGUGCUCGUGAAACACGUCAAGAAUUUGGAGGGAGAAAGUGAUGACGUUCCGGCGCGAGCGAGUGAUUUUAGUUCUGUCCCGGGUGGAGUGGUUAGUGAUGGAGACAAAGAGGUCGGGGAAGAGGAGACUGGAGAUGAAAGUGAAGGCAGUGUGAGUGACGAAAUGCAGAUGCAUCACGAUACAGGCGACAGCAGCGAUAGCGACUCUGAGAGUUCCACCUUCAGCACCAGUGGCUGCGACAGUGACCUUGACUCCGGAGACGGCGGCGUUGUCCUCUUAAGGCACAUUGAAGUUGUUCCAGAGGAAGACCGCGCGGCCGUUACUGGAGAACAGCAUGUACGUGAUUCGCGGGGUGACGUUAAUGAGUGUGGUGCUAUUACUGCCGGAAGUGUCGUUAGUGAAGCUGAGAGCAGCCCCGUCGGUGAAGGGAAAGAUGGCGUUGAAACAGAGGAUAGAGUAGAGGAAGCUACUACGGUGGAAAAAGCAACAGAGUUUCAUGAAGGUGAGUACAAAGUUCCAGCAGUUGAAGAUGAAACAGGUGGUGAAAAUGAUGACGCAGUGUUAGCUGGGGAAUUAAGUGGGUGUAUAGAUGAUUUAGCUGUGAAUGAUGACGAGGGAAAUGGUUCGGUAGUGACGCAAGAAGCCACUGCUGGCGUGCAAGAGGACGAGCAGGGUGCAGUGGUAGUGACACUGCCAAAGGAGGAUGAGGGUUCGGUGGUUGCUGCGGUUUCCAGCGGCUCCGGUGAAGGUCCGCAGGAGCCGGAAGUCACGACCGAGCGCCCCCUGAAGACACAGGACGAACAAAAGCCCCCAGGACACGCAGAGGUUGGCGGUGACUCAGCCGCGACGCAGGACACCGGAUUACCGACGCUGGAGGAAGAGGGAGCCGCAAAGGAAAGUGAUUUACAGCAAUGUUGCCCUCAGAUUACUGUGGAGGUCGUGGAGUGCGUCGAAGAUCUGACGGAGAGCAUUGUCACGCGGAUUGGCGAAGACUCCAAGUGCGUGACAGUGACCAGAGAUGAAGCUGAACGUCUCGCUGGUGCCGAUAUCGAGUCUGCGGUAGCGGAGACGGGGCAGUUGGAAGAUGCAAGUGGCAGCGUGACGGAGGACGCGGGCGCCGUAGAGUCGGUGGUACGUGAAGGAAUUCGCGAGGGAGACGAAGAUAAGGCGGCGGCGGCGGCGGCAACAGGUGGGGGCGAACCGCUCCGGGACAGCUGGUUCGGCGGCGUCGUGCUGCGGCGCAUACGCCACCUGGACGACGAGGGCAGCGACCCGGCGCUGACCGGCGGCCGCGCCGACAACUACGACGGCCGAGCCGCUGCACGGAGUUCGCCGGAACGCUCAGAGAUGGCGCCGGCGGCCGCUGCCGCUGCAGGCGCGCCUCGCGCCGCUGCCACCCACGACACGGAGGAAGGCGUGCGGAACACCUGCAUUUCACUCGCCGCUCUCUUCGGAGAGUACGACAGUGCGAGCCUGGCAGUCCGCGAGGAUGAGGUGUCGGCCGUCCCGUGCAGAGCGGACAGCGCUGACAAUAGCCGGAAGGAGGUAGCGGUGGCGCACGCCGAAGUAGACACGAUCGGCGUCGAGAAGUCUGGGGCUUCUGCAGCGGCAGAAGUACCCGUUGACAGUGCGACGCGCGUCGGAGAAAGUGCCGCGGAGAUGACGUCGGGCGAUUCUGCACCAGCGGAACACGCUCUCGAACGUGAACGCGGGUCGGAAACUAUAACAGUUGUGGAUAAUGAUCGAGGUCCUGGUAGGGUGUCGGACGGUGAGGAUUCGAUGGUGGUGACGUCAGGUGGAGAGAAGGUGGAGGAGCAGAGUUCCGAAGUGAAAGAGGCUGUGGCAGUGGAAAACCCGUCGUCGGUGGAAGCGCCCGCGAAUUUUGAAGUGUCGGAAAUCGAACAACCUGUGGAGCCGGAUGUGGCGGCGCACCUGUUGUCUCCGGAGCAGUCCGACGUCUCGAGACGGUCGAGAAGCGCGUCGGAGAGCGAGGGAACGAUAAAGCUGGAGGAGGAGGAGACGGAAAGCGGCGAAGGGAGCGACGAGGAGGAAGAGCGGCGCGACGGCGAGGGUGCGCGCGCAGCGGCGGCGCCAGGUGCGCCAUCGACGGCGGCGGCGGCGGCGGCAGUCGGCCGCGGGAGCCCGACGCGAGCGGACGCGCACCAGCAUGGCGGCGCGCCGCCGGAGCGAUACACCAGCCUCGUCAUGAUAACGCAGGACGCGCCGCAGCAGUCGGUCAGUGUGGUCACGAGCGAGACGACGACGCUGGUCCCGGCGGGCGCCGCCCCCGCCCCCGGGGGCGGGGGCGACGUGGUGGUGAGGCACACCAACUGGGAGGAGCAGGCCGCCGCGGCUACAGCCGCCUCCGGGCUCGCCGGCUACUUCACCCUCACGCUGGAGGCGGGCCCGCGCUCGGCGUCGCCGUCGGCGAGGCGGCCGCUCGUCACCAAGACCCUGGCGGAACCCGCCCCCGCGCCGGAGGACACCGUCCCGGCGCGCCAGCAAGAGGACGUGCACGUAGUGACAGGCGGCGACACCCUCUCGGCCGUCGUCUGCCUAGAGGAGGGCCUCGCCGACGACGACUCGUGGGUGGAGGAGGUGGGCGACCGCGACGAGGACGAGUUCGCCACGUCGACGGCCUCGGAGGGGGACGACGCGGACGACUCUUCGUGCGACGAGUCCGGCGCGGCGGUCAGGUCGGCGACGUCGUACUCGGACCGCGAGGAAGAGCUGCGCGGCUACCACCGCUCCGCCAUCGACUUCACCCUGCACACCAUCGUCGAGGAGAGCUGCGAGGAGAGCGAAGUGGAGCACGCGUCGCGCAACGGCGCCGGUUCGGGGCGCAAGUCGCGCCCCACUUCCGCCUCGGAACUGGAGAAGUACUUCUUCUUUCGGCUGGGCAACGGCGCGCCGGUCAACCCCGGCGGGGGCGGCGGUGGGGGCGGCCGGGAGCUAGACUCCAUGUCGGACACCUGCAGCUCCAUCUACAGCGAAGGGCUGGAGUCUCUGGGAGGCGGUGAGGACGGCGCCGGGGGACCCGGAAGUCCGAGGGACGACGCCGACGCGGACGAGCUGGCGGCGCUGGCGUCCUCGCGCCUCGAGAAGUACUUCCUGACCGGCUUCAUGGGGUUCAUGGGGCCGUCCGGAGAGGGCGCCGGCGACUCGGACGGCAGCGGCAGCGUCGGCAGUGACAGCGAGGGCCGCCCGUCACCCGAGCAGCGCCGCAAGAGGCUGGUGACGCGCGCCAGGAGGGGCCACCAGCUGUCAGUCCAGCAGAUGUCCAGCCCUUCGCAGCAGCAGCAACAGCAGCAGCAGCACGACGUGACGCCGGAGCUGUCGUGCGGGGAAGCGCCGCCCUUCUCCGCCACCGAAGACUCGUCCAGCACGGAGACCGAAGGCUUGAGCGGCAGCCUGGGCGCUCACGACGACACCGUCACCACCUUCGACCGGCCCGACGGCCAGUUCGACACCGUCAAACGCAAGAAGAAGCGCCGCAGCAGCGGCUGCCCGUCCCCGGCCGUGGAGGAACCGCCGCAGACGUCCAUCUCCACUCCGCCCUCCGCGUCGCUGGACGCCACUGCCGCGACCACCACCACCACCGCCGGCGGCAAUAACAGGGAAUCCUCGGAAGACGAGGACGGCGCCAAGACGCCUCAGCCCGAAUUCCUGCUGCUGCCCUCCGACCUGUCGGCGUCGCGCAACAAGCAGCACAGCCGGGACAGCGGCUUCAUCGGCAGCUGCGACGACCUGCUGAAGGAACAGCGCACCAGCAGCGACUCCAGCAGCGCCGGCGGCAGCGAUGCGCCGGCACAGACCGCCACGGAGACGGCCGCCACCUGCGAGACCGCCACGGCCAACAAGGAAGAACCGUCCCCGAUCCAGACGCCGUCCGCAGACAGUGACUCCGCCCGCAAAGUCCUCGCCGACUCGGCCGCGCCGGCGUCGGACGAGAAGGCGUCCCAGCCGGCACCGCCACCGCCGGCCACUUCGCUCACCCGCAAGGACAGCUUCAACAACUGGAGCUCCGACGAGGAGACCAACCUGAUGAUGUCCAAGAUGCGCGCCUUCUUCAAGACGAUGGUGGCGGCGGCGGGCGCCAACAGCUCGGGGAGGGUGACGGGCGCCACGUCGACGUCGACGCCGCAGGCUAGCCCCGGAGUGCGGCCGCGCUCCAAGCCGCCGCAGCUGGUCUACUUCGAGAACGAACUGACGCGCCUGAUGAAAACCGUACCCGGCAUUCGCGACGACCAGGUGCGCGAGAUUGUCGAGUACCUGAGCAGCGAGGACACGUGGAGCGACUCGUACGACUCGAGCGACUACACCAGCUCGGACCUGGAGGCGCAGCACGAGCACCACCUGCACCACCGCCACCAGUACCAUCCCUACGCGUACCAACCUGCGGCGCCUCCCGGCUCGCCGGCGGCCAGGAGCGACCUGCAGGAGCAGAUCUCGGCCAGCUGCCGACAGAUCAUCAACAAGUUCGACACGGCCGGCCCCGGAGACGAUGGCCUGUCCGCCGCCUCCGACAGGGACCGCACCCUCGGAGGCGCCGCCGCCGUCGACGACGGCGGCGGCAUCGCCAAAGACAACGCGCUCGUUUACCAGAAACUGGUGGCGUCUUUCUCCAAGAUGGCUAGCAACGACGCCGGAUCGGCUGCCGCCCCCGGGGGCGGCUCUGUCACUGCCGGAUUCGGCGGUCCCGUCGGUGUGGCAGGGGGCGUGCCCGGCGUCGCUGGAGGCGGCGUCGGAUCUGCCAGCAGCACUCCGCACAGCUCGCCCCCGCUCUUCGCCAAGGUGAUGCAGCACAUCGGCACUAGGUUGGUGGCGCUGAUGCACGAGGUGUCCGGCGGCGAGGGCGUGGCUACGUCGAGCCCGAAGCCGCGGCUGCACCACCACGGGCACCACCACGGCCACCACCACCACCAUCACCACCACCACCAUCACCACCGGCGGCUGCAGCAGAAGCCGUCGAGCGCGUCGACGACGACGGAGGAAGAGGAGGAGGACAGCAGCCACACGGACACGGAGCAGGGCGUGUCGGCGCCGCUGCUGCAGCUGCCGCGCUCCAAGUCGCACGACCUGCUGCUGGAGCAGCAGCAGCACGAGGCGCGCCUGCGCUCCGCCAGCAGCGGCGGCCACGUCUCCGACGUCGAGCGCAGCGAGCACUCCGACUACGAGCGCUUCAGUUGGCGGGGCAGCUUCGAGUCUGCGCUGAUGGCAGCGGACUCCCGGACCAAGCUGUCGCUGCUGGCGGGGGCGGGCGGCGGCGGCGGCGUCGGCGGCUGCGGCGCGCUGCCAGAGUCGUGCAAGCGGCGCUCGGCUGGAGACCUGCUGCUCGCCAGCUCCAGGGACCAGCUGGCCGUCGACCGCGUGCGCUCCUGCGGCAGCAUCGGCGGCCUCGAGGAGGAGCAGGUGGGAUGGCGCCGCCGCAGCAGCGUCCCGGACGCGGGCCGCUCGGACAAUACGUCGGCCGACGACGAAGACGAUGACGACGACGACGACGUCGGCGCCGACGAGGGCGGCGAGGAGCGCGCGCGCUCGACGACGCUGCCCCGCAGCCUGGCGCCCCCGGGGGCGGGGCCGGCGCCGGCCACGUCCAACUCGCUGCCGCGGCUGCCGCCCUCGCUGGCCGGCAUGCACAAGGCCCACAGCGUUCACCACCUGCUGCAGGCGGCCGGCGGCGGGGGCGGUGGGCACGUCAAGUCUGCGCGCUACCGCCCCCCGGGCUUCGUCAGCCGGCCCGCGUCCACCUCCGUGUCGGCGGGUCCGCCCCCCAAACGCGCCGUCUCCGCCCCCGGGCUGCACCAGCCGCAGCCCGCCCCCCGCGCCAACGCGCCGGCCAGGCGCCGCCCCCAGCCGCCCACGUCGCUGCUGCCCUCUGGCGAGGACGUCGCGCAAGGGGAAGAGCCGGUGUCCACGUCGCUGCACCGGCCUAUCAGCAAGAGCGCCACGCCCUCGCCCGUCGUGGGCGGCGCCGCGUCGCGCAAGAACUCCACCAGCCUCAGCGUCGCCGGCGACUUCGCCGCCGCCGCCGCCGACGGCGACGACACCAAGCUGCGGCCGGGCCUCUCGCCUCUCGGGGCACGGAGCGAUUCGCUUGCAAGUGUGUAUUCUGGCGCUGGAGAGGGUCGGUACGGAACUGUGGCAGUGCGAGGUGAAGUGGAGUUUGGCCUGCAAUACAAUUAUAAAGCUGGAGCGCUCGAAAUACUUGUAAAGCAGUGCCGUGAUUUAGCACCUGUUGACACCAAAAGGAACCGUUCCGAUCCAUAUGUUAAGGUGUAUUUGCUGCCAGACAAAUCUAAGAGCGGAAAACGAAAGACGAAAGUAAAGAAACAUACUCUUAAUCCUGUAUUUGAUGAAACCCUAAAAUUCCACAUAACCUUGCAUGGUCUGGAAACAAGAACCCUGUGGCUCACUGUGUGGCAUUCAGACAUGUUCGGGAGAAAUGACUUCCUUGGAGAAGUUAUGAUGUCUUUGGAGAAUAAGGUGUUUGAUGAUCCUACUCCACAGUGGUAUCCGUUGCAAGAAAGGACAGAACCAUUUGAUGACCUGCUCAGCUACAAGGGUGACAUAAUAAUUGGUCUCAAGUUUGUCCCUCCCGAUGUUACUGUGCAAAAGAAAGGCAAGAGAUCACGAGGGUCUCUACAGGUGCUGGUAAAAGAAGCAAAGAAUCUUACUGCUGUCAAAGCUAAUGGAACAUCUGAUCCAUUCUGUAAAAGUUACUUGCUUCCGGACAAAGGACGCAGCUCUAAGCAAAAGACGCCUGUACUUCGACGGACUUGUAAUCCUGUGUGGAACUACACAUUCACUUAUGAAGAUGUCAGCUUACAAGAACUCUCAGAAAGAAGUCUGGAGCUGACAGUUUGGGACCAUGAUAGACUAGCAAGUAAUGAAUUUCUUGGAGGUCUACGAUUUAAUCUUGGGACAGGCAAACAUUAUGGGAAAUCUGUGGAUUGGAUGGAUGCAACUGGAAAAGAAAUGACCUUGUGGCAAAGUAUGCUGGAACGGCCUAACUUCUGGGUUGAAGGAUGUCUGACAUUACGUCCUUCACUUGAACAUCGCAGCACAAACUCAUAGUUUUAGUGGUUAAUGUAAAUGUUAGUGGUGCAUUUAUGCGGAAGUUUUAUACAGCUCUUUUAUUAUUCCUCAGUUGAUUUUGUGUAUUGAUAAGUUUUAUCCACAAGUAUGAUCAUUUGAAAAGAAUGGCCAUUGUGUCCCUUUUCCUUUAUUUUUUAAAAAUUAGAAAUGUAAAUGGCUGUACGAUGUCUGUUCCUUCUAAGUGUUUAUUAAAUUAUUUUUAUAUGGAAGAUAGGUGAGCCUCAUUUCAGAUGAACUAGAGUAGCAUAUAAUGUAUUUUUGUAAAUGUAUUACUGUAAUAGUCCAUUGAAAGAAGUCAUUUGUUAAACUGAAAGUGAUAAUUUCUAUCCUUCAGUUUGAAAUGAGACUCAUAAGUGAGUUAAAUCUUUUUAUAUGGAUGUUGAUUUUGCUACCAACAAGAUCAUGAGGUAUACCUGUUUUGAGGUAAAAUAUUAUCUGCUCCUAUUACAAUAUCUUUAACAUAGGGUGAUUUGGUAUGUAAGAAAUAAUAAAUUCAGACUUGUACUCUGUUAACAUAUAUUUAAUCAUUAUUUAAGAGAAAACAUUGUUUACAUUUAAAAUAAUAGCAGUGAAUGUCCAUAUUUUUAUACAGUACCCAUACCACAGGAAAAUUAUUGUGUAUGAAAAAUGGAAAUGUUAAGAGAAGCCACUAGCUAAUUAGAUGAACGCAUUUGUGUUCAUAAUAGUUGGAGGUAUGCUGAAACAGUGCUUCCUUUCUUGUGCUAAAAAUAUAUAUUAAUUUGAUAAAAAUAAUAAAAUGUAAUAAUAAUUUGAUGUACAGGCUGAGAAAUCAUUCUCAAAGGAGUAUUACUCUUACAGUUAUUAUUAUACAUGUGUUGUCUGCAAAAAGUGAUUUAGAAAGAGAUUCUUAUUUUAGUAGUAGCUUCUGACUGUAUUGUUCCUAAGAAUUUGGGAUAAUUGUAUCAAUGUCUCUUUUGUAGCUGCAACAAAUUUUUCGGUGUUAUUGCUGUUUAAUGUGUGUGUUAAUUAUAACAGUAUGAACUAUGGCUCUUUAGAUGUACCUAAGUAAUAUAUAAAUGCAAAUACACUAAGCUUACCGUAUUACCACAGUAUGGGAAGGAAGAAAAUAAUCAUGUUUUGAUGUGUACCUUCAUCUUCAAUAAAAGUGGCUAAAUGUUGCAUUAUUAGAAAAGUUGAAUAUUAACUGGAUUGUCUGUGUUUCAGCUUUAAGUUCAGUUUCUUUUCUCUCUAAACAUACCAACUGUUUGGUUGUUUUUGAUAUUUUUAAAAUUAGUGUAAUAGCUUUUUAUAAGUCACUAAAUUGCUUCUUAAAAAAGAUACAUAAAGUAGAACAUGUGUCUAAUUUCAUUUCUACUAUUGAAAAAUUUCCUCCAGUUUGUUAGUUUUAGUGUACUUUUUACAAUUUUACAUUUACUUGCAUUUUAUACAUGUAACUAUAAAAAAGAAGCAUUCCACAAUCCCAGUUUCAGUUUUUGAUUAGGUAAUGGUGAAUUCAGUAAUUUACAUUACUAAGAUAACAGGGCACAAGACUAGUGUCUUCUUACCAUUAUAGUGGUUUGAAGUAUUGAUCUCUCAGACAUUGUCAUUGUAUAUAGUUAUAUCAUGAGUCAUGUUAUUUUCUAAUUGUCAAUAAAACACCAUAUAUAUUCUGUUUUA